UCUUGGAUCCUGCGCUCCGGGUCCACUUCCUGGAGCAACUCGACUUCCAGGACAAGCGCUCCGUAAUUUCUACGCGCCAGGUCCGCUACCUGGUGAAACUCGACUUCCAGGACAAGUUCUCCGUGGAUUCUGCGCUCAAGGUCCUCUACCUGCCGGAACUCAACUUCCAGGACAAGCGCUCCGUAGUUUCUGCGCUCAAGGCAACGACUGAAGUAAGGUUCUUAAACUCUGUUAUCCACGAUUUUACUUGCGGUUACAUACGUCGGUUAAUUCUCCGCUCCUUGAAGCUGCGAAUCAUGAAUACCGCAUCAAUAUAUUCGGACCCCGUUGUCACCUGCCCGUACGACAAGUACCACAGGAUUGCGUUGUCAAAAAUUCAAAUGCACAUUGUUAAAUGUGAGAAGAACUAUCCAAAAGGAUACAAACAAACUUGCCCGUAUGAUGCAACACAUAGAUUGUUUGAACACGAAUUAACCGAUCAUAUUCAAAACUGUCCUCAGCGCAUGGUUCUAGAACCUGAAAAGCAUCAGUUCAUUAGGAACCAUGGGUCCACAAUGACCGAAUUCUUGGAUCGAUCUGAGGCUGUAACAAGCACUAUAGAUCAUGGAGAAUCUUGGGAUGAAGAAUCCAACAGGGAUUGGAUUCCCUCAAUUGAUGGACGAUCUAAUAUAAUAGACAGUAACACUACUUCAAAUUUUCACCAACCAAGGGAUCAGUCCAGAUGCAAAAAAUUCAUUGACCCUAAUCAGGACUUACGUCGUCCUCUUGGUUACUCAGAGGCAAUGUUGGUUGGAGGAGAAACAGAUAAAGCUGACGCGUCUGAUAUGGAAUCAGUUAUCAGUGUGAUGGGUGUUGGGCGUGGUAAGAAUCCAUCAGCGCACCUGCGGCUAAAGAAACCAUUCAGCUUUGGUAGAGGAAUAUCUCUGCCAAGAAAUGACUAGAGCCAUCGAUUCAAAUUUGAUACAGAUCAUAAAGUGAAGAGUGAUAUUUUUGCUGAGCAUUUUUUUUUUAAUAAUUAUUUAGCGUAUUCCAGAUAACCUGGUCACUAAUAGGCCUGAAUGUACAAUUUUAUUCUGCAAGAUAACAAUCAGCCUAUAUAAUGGCCUUACAUUCUGGUUUUACAAUUAGCUUAUACGUGCAAAUUGUACUGGUAAAACUACCAAAUAAAUAAUCUAUUUUUAUUCAUAAAAUAUCAAAAGUGGUACGUCAUUCAGUUGAAUGCGAAUACACAUAUUGUGAUUCACUUGUAGUAGCAGUAAUUUGGCAGAAAUCUGUCAAAUCCGCAAAGAUAAAAAUAUUCGUUGUUAGAUCAAUGGAAUAGUGUAUUUCCAGUUAUUUCUAAAUUUAUAUUCAUUAAUAUCAUUCAUCAAACAAAAUUUAACUCGUCAUUUUAGUUCACUUACAGAUUCUUAUAGUGAUAGUGUUUUACAUAAAUAUCGUUAGCACUGUCUAUUUUAUUUCAGCAUCUCCAAAUAGUUUAGCUUAUUUCUUCAUUUCAAAUUUGCCCUGAUAUGUACAAUUAAAAUUAAGAUCAUACAAUCUAUGCUAUCAAAGAAAGCACGUAUAAGUAGUAUCAAAAUAUGUUACACAACUACUGUGAACGUUGCACAUUAUCUAUUCCAAUUAUCAGAAACUUGAACGACCUGAUAUUAUAACGGAUAUUCAUAAUUUCUAGAGAAGCUUAACGUUUGCCAUGUAUUAUGAGUGUUCUGACUGGUUUCAAAACCGAAUUUAUUUAGUUUCCGGGAUUUGAUCAACAGAGUCACUACUGCAAAUAUUUUUCAAGCCGACAACAGAAUGUGUAGUGAAAAAUAAUGAGAAUUUACUUUUUUCAUUUCACUACAUUCCUGAAAUUUCUUAGACAUACAGAAAUUUGUAGAUUGUAUCAGCAGAUUCAUGGUAACCGCUGAAUAAUUAACUCUUCAAAUACCGUGCAAUACAUAAAUAUAUACUUAUGUAGGUAUGUAAGUACAUAUACCUAUACAUGUUUAUUAAAUGUUGGGUUGCAUUGCAGAUUCAAGGUCAAGUUUAUUGCGUUCGUAGCAUCUGAAGAAUUUAUAUAUAU